AUGGUUUCGUAUCUUACCACAUUGCAAUAUGACGCGAUCAUAAUAUGUUUAAAGUGUGGUUAUCAGGAGGUCCUCUUGGUUGAACAGAACAGGCCUGUGAUGUUGCGUAACAAGAAGGAUAAUUCACAUUACAGUUAUAAGCGAAUAAACCAUUUCAGGGAGUGGUGCAAUCAGAUCCAAGGGAAGGAGAGCACAGAUAUCCCCAAUGAUGUCUUUGAGAAGAUAUUGAAUGAACUGAAGAAAGAGAAGAUAACAAACACCAAAGAACUGUCUUAUAAGACAAUGCGGAACAUCCUUAAGAAGUUGAAGAUAAACAAGUAUUAUGAGCACAUCAAUUACAUAAUAAACAGGAUAAAUGGUGUGCCUACCCCACAAUUCUCGCCAGAGUUGGAGGAGAAGCUUUGCAACAUGUUCAAGGAGAUACAGGGCCCAUUCUUGAAACACUGUCCUCCCAAUCGGAAGAACUUCCUCAGUUAUAGUUAUGUCCUCUACAAGCUCUGUCAGAUACUAGGUCAAGAUGAAUACUUAAAGCAUUUCCCAUUGUUGAAGAGCCGUAUUAAGAUUUUUCAGAUGGAUUUAAUAUGGAAAAACAUAUGUGAAUCCAUUGGAUACCCUUACAUUCCUAGCAUAUAA